UAAAAAUGUGCAUUUUGCACUACUUUCGUCUAAAAAUACCACACUUUAUGCAUGCUUACUUCACAACAUUUAGUGCACUCCAUGUCGGCGUUACUACAUGAUAUUAUGAAUUUUUUUGUAAAGCAUUAUGAAAAUGUUAUGAAUUUAUCAUUCUUUUUUCCCUUGUAGAUUUGAUAACUUUAGUUUUUACGUCUAGUUAAAUCUAAUACACUUUACGCCGGUGUUACUGCACUUCGUGCCGAAGUUGUGGCAUGAGAUUAUACAAAUGUUUAGAAUUUAGAGUUCUUUUUUUUUAAAUUUGAUAAGUGCACUUUAUGUCAAUAUUAAUGCUUCACAUUAGUGCACUUCUUGUCAUAUCACUCUAUUUCUUGAUAUAUCAUUGCACUUCUUGUCAUAACCACUGCAUUUCUUGUGAUAUUCACUGCAUUAAAUACAAAUGACUCUUUGCGUUCACUACCCACUAUCCUAGAAUUCGCUGCACACCGUCUUCAACCUUGGGUUCGUAUCCAACCUUGUGCGGUUGGAUGGUGGCGGCGGCCGUUCGACAGACGCACAUGUUACUUGAUGCCCGUGGCAACCAAGCAUGGAGACGGAGGCAGUGGGCUGGCAUGAGGACGGCCUUGGCGAGCAGACAUGGAGAUGGUGGCAUCGCACAAGCAUGGGGACGGGUGCGGGGUGGCGAGCAUGCAUGGGGACUGCUGCAACGAGUAAACAUGGAGAUGACGGAGGCGCAUGGGGACGACGGCGGCAACGGGUAUGCCCGCAAGCAUGGGGAUGGCCGCGGUGAUGUGGGAGGCGGCUGCAGCUUGGGGCAACAGGAGACUAGAGGCGAAUAACUUG